CAGAAGAAGCGCUUCCCGUGUUCCUGCAGGACGCAUCUGUUUGAUAGAAACGUGACAAAUGUUGGUAAUUUGUGCGUAAAAACAUCAGGGUCUGCGUGUCAGAUUACUGUGUGGUGUUUGCAGUCAUGGUGGGGAUUGUCCGGCUGCAGAUCCUCCAGGACCGGUAGUUAAAGGUGUCGGUGAUGCCUGUGGCUCCGGCCAACCCGGCUCAGCUGAUCCGCUCCAGCCAGAAGGACGAGCACUACCGGACCGUGCUGAGGAACAACGCCAACGAGGCUGUGCAGACCCUUGCUGGAUCCAAGAGAUGGCUGGACUGGAGGAGAGAGAUAGAGCUGCUGUCAGAUCUGGCAUACUAUGGUUUAACAACGUUCUCUGGUUAUCAAACCCUGGGGGAGGAGUAUGUCAACAUCGUCCAGGUGGAUCCCACUAAACGCCGGAUCCCCUCCCGGGCCAGACGAGGCGUCUUCGUCUUGUUCCACACCUUCUUCCCAUACUUCCUGGAGAAGGUGUUGGUGUGCCUGGAGAACGAGCUGGAGGGGGGGCAGGGAAGCGGCAUCGGUCGGAGGCGGGCGGCCUCCGGGUGGUGGAGCCUGGAGGGUUGGCUCAGGAAGUGGGUGCAGAGGGGGGUGGGCCUACUGGACGAGCCCCAGAGGAGGGCGUGUCAGCCGCUUGUGUUCAUGGCCCAGCAGAGCCUGACGUUCCUGCACCGCCUGCACGUGGCAACGUUUUACAUCACCAGCUCCUUCUACCAGCUGUCCAAGAGGGCGGCGGGCAUCAGCUACUUGCGUGUGGUGGGGCAGAGCGGCGACGAUGCCACCAUCAGGCGCUGCUACCGCGUGUUGGGUGCCAUUUCCCUCCUCCAGCUGCUCGUCACAGUGUCUCUGCAGCUCAACAACUUCAGACAAAGACAGCGAGCCAGGCAGGAGUGGAAGCUCCACCGGCGCCUCAGUCCUGAGCGCGUGCAGAGCUCCAACCCCAGAGCGGCCCGCUGCAUCCUCUGCCUGGAGGUGAGGAGGAACUCCACUUCCACGCCCUGUGGACACCUCUUCUGCUGGGAGUGCAUCACCGAGUGGUGCAACACCAAGGCGGAGUGUCCGCUGUGUCGGGAGAAGUUCCCGCCUCACAGGCUGGUCUUCCUCAGAAACUACAGCUGAAACGAUAGAAGCAGAUGUUUAACCGACGUCCACUCAGGAUCCUCAUCGGGGACUGAACGAGCCUCCUGCAGGCCGAACCCCUCCUGAAAUCACUUUGAUUGUAUCAGUCAAAUCGUGUAAAUCUAACUCUGUUAAUGGAUGAUAUUGACAUUUGAACAGAUUUUUAAUAAAAUGAUUUUCUGCUAAGCUUGUUAAUAUAAUUGAAUAUUAACAUUUAUACGUUUCUGUAUUUGAUUGUUGACGUAGUUGGAAAAAUAAUGAUGAUGGUGGUAAAA